GUUAGAAGUUAGGCAAUUCCCAGUUGUGUUUCGAUUCCAACUAUGAUAUGGACCCUGUUAAAUGAAUGAACGAAUGAAUUCCAAGCGAUUACGGGGCGCAAACCCGCCCGGAGGUAACCACCGCCGGCGACGGUGACGCAGAGAAUCCCCCGGAAAGUAGGUCGACCUUCGGGCACGGUCGCCAGACUGUCAGAUAAUCAUGCCGCUCGCUCUCGGGAAUUUCCUGCGACGGCCGCAGUCGCUUGAGCUCCUUCGCCGAGUCGCGUGCGGUUUCACGUCGAAAGUCAGUGGUCCAGUGAGGGAUAUUCGCACGAUGGGUUGUUCCCAGUCGAAGAUCGACAUCACCACCGAGAAAAGCACGUCCAACGAUGAGGACGAGUACGUCGAGAAGGUGCUGUGCAAGGAGGGCGACCUGCAGGACAACGAGAUGAAGACCUAUGACAUGCUCGAGGAUGCAAAGGUCCUACUGGUGAAACAGAAGGGAAAGAUAAGCGCCAUCGGCCCCAAAUGCACCCACUACGGCGCUCCGCUUGUGAACGGCGCCCUGGGCGACGGACGCGUCCGUUGCCAGUGGCACGGCGCCUGCUUCAACAUCCUGACCGGCGACAUCGAGGACUUCCCCGGCCUCGACAGUCUGCCCUGUCAUCAGGUCACCGUCGACGGCAGCGGCAACGUGAAGGUGCGGGCCAAGCGUACCGAACUGACCAACCUCAAACGGUUGAACGCAAUGGUGGGCCGGGACGGCUGCGAGAAGCGGAAAAUCGUGGUCAUAGGCGGCGGACCGUCGGGCGGCACCUGCGUCGAGAACCUGAGGAUGAACGGGUUCAAGGGUGAGAUCACGUUGGUGUGCAGGGAGGACGCGUUGCCCUACGACCGGGUGAAGGUUAGCAAGGCUAUGGACUUCGAGUUGGACAAGAACCAGUACCGAGAUGACCAGUUUUACAGUGAAAAAGGCAUAAACGUGAUUAAGGGCGUCUCUGCCACGGCAGUGAACACUUGCCAGAAGAAAGUCACGCUGGAGGACAACCGGGUGUUGGACUACGACAGGCUCUACAUCGCAACCGGCUGCAAACCUUACAAGCCAGAUAUCCCGGGCAAAGACCUCAACAAUAUAUUCGUCCUGAGAGACUAUGCGGAUUCGAAGAGUUGUUUGGCGGCCCUCGCCGAAGACAAAGAGGUGGUAGUACUAGGGUCCAGCUUCAUUGCCUUAGAAGCGGCCAAUUACUGCCAGAACAAGGUGGCCAAAACUACUGUGGUAAUGCGAGGAGAGGUACCUUUCGCCCACUUUUUGGGUGAACGUGUCGGUGCCGCCGUCAAGAAGUUGUUUGAGGAGAAAGGCAUCUUGUUCCAAACCAAAAGUGGCCUAAAAAAAUGCAAUGGUGACUGUAACAACAACGUGACAUCGGUGGAGCUUGUUGACGGUACCAUUUUAAAGGCUGACGUGGUAAUUAUGGGCACUGGAAGUACUUAUUACACCGACUUCCUGAAAGGAUCUGGCAUUGAAAUGCGACCAGAUGGUACAAUCGAGUGUAACGAGAAGCUUCAGACGAACAUACCGGAUGUGUUCGUGGGCGGCGACAUCGCUUACGCCCCAGUUUGGUCGUACGGCAAUAACAAAUCAGCAAUUGGUCAUUAUCCUUUGGCCCAGUACCACGGGAAAAUAGCUGCCUUAAAUUUGUUGGGUAUAGACACUCUUUUAAAAUCUGCACCCUUCUAUCAGUACUAUUUUAUUGUUGAUGCAGUAUAUUAUUUUGUUGCCAGUACUGUAUUUUUAUGUUUAUUAAAUAAAUAUCUAAUAUGAUUUUGUAUGGUAUUAUUAAUUUUUAAAGUCAGGUUAACUUGUCAUUUAUUAAUCAAGUUAUGAAAAUUAAUACGUCACACUAGACAAAUCAAAAUUGUUAAAAACGUACUAUCAAAAUUAUUCUCAAAAAUGGCAAGUUUGGACAAGUCGUUUGAAAAAUUCCUGAAAAUCUUCCGUGCCACUCACAAACACUGGCCAGAUAAUAAAAUUGAAGAAAAAGGAGCUAUCUUGUGGAGCAUAAUGUCGGACAGUAAAAAAUCAAUCUGGGACAAGUCGAAAAAUAUCAAAACAGUUAAGGUCAAACGUGGCAGACCUAAGUUGAAAACUCAGAGGGUUUCCAGAAAAGCUGACAUUCAAGACAAAGAAUUUGUGACCUUCAUUAAAACAAGAUAUAUGUAGAAUUUUAUUUUUUCAUGUUUUUUGUUAAUAGUCCGAAUGUGAGUGUAUAAGAAUUGAUAAUAAAAAUCUCAGUACUUUUAA